AUGUUGGCGUGCCGCUCCCUGCUGCUCACCUGUGUGCUGCUGCUGCUGCUCGCCGCCAGACUCCAAAGCCAGAGCUGGAGACCCUGCACAGACCUGCUGCCUCUCGACCUGCUGGCCCGAGCCCUGCCACGCCCCGGACGAGCCCCGCCCCCUCAGGUGCAGAUGGUUCAGUCCCAAGGCUCCAGAGGUCUCCGCUUCGCCGGCGCCGAGGCCACGGCGCUCAGUUUCCCCGCCUCACAAAUCUUCAGUCACUGUGACUUCUUCCCCGCCGAGUUCUCGUUGGUCGCCACCAUCAAGAUCCCGAGACUGAGACAGAAGAGGAACGAGUACAUCUUCUCUGUGGUGACCGAGGAUUCUGAUUCGCUGCUGCUCGGUCUGCGUGUCUCAGGGAACCGCCUCCACCUGCUGGUCACGCCCCCCGGGGCCACUGGGCCCCCCGGGCCCACUGGGGCCACCGGGGCCACCGGGGCCACCGGGCGGCGCCGGAUCACCUUCAAGGACGUCGGACUGGACGAUAACCGCUGGCACACCGUGGUGCUGGCAGUCAGCGGACCGUACGCCACGCUGACCCUCGACUGUGGACUUCCUCUGGAGCUUAAACAGGUCCAGUCGUUCCCCGGAGCCCUGAGUACCAGAGGGUCCAGGUUCUACAUCGGCAGCAGGAGGAGGCUGAGGGGGCGCUUCUCUGGUUUGCUGCGUCAGCUGGUCCUGGUCCCCGGGUCCGACGCCACGCCCAGACUGUGUCCGACCUCUGACCCCAGCCUGGCCGAGCUGCUUGUACCCCAGGUCCUGAAGUCCCCCCCUCUGCAACCGGACCAGCAGGGACCAGUUUACCCGUACGAGGCCGAGGCCAGAGUGACUUUAGGGAAUCCUCCUCCGUGUUCUGGAGCUGAACAGGGUCAGCUGUGGUUCAACGCUCACAGGAGAGGACUGUUCAUCUGUGACGGACUCACCUGGAGAACGCUGCUGCACAAUCAGGAGCGUCUGGACUACGUGGAGGACUACCAGGACCUGUACACCAGCUCAGAGACAUUCGAUGUGGAGGUGUUCUCCAUCCCGUCUGAAGGCCUGUUCAUGGCUGCAGCCAACAGGGACUCUCGGCCCGGGUCGGGUAUCUACAGAUGGAGGGAUGGCCGGUUCCAGCUCCACCAGAACAUCAGCACUCAGGAGGCCCGAGCCUGGAAACACUUCACCAUCAAGGACGAGAUUUUUCUGGUGGUGGCGAACUCCAGGGAGACAGAGCCCGAGCUGUCCGUCAUCUACCGGUGGAACCGGCGGCGGCGGCGUUUCCUCCGUCACCAGACUCUGGAGACUCAUGCCGCCGUGGACUGGGAGGCGUUUCACAUCCACAACCACAGCUUCCUGGUGGUGGCCAAUCACAGGCGAGACUCCAACCAUAACAUCCACAGUGUGAUCUACAGGUGGAACACACUCACCAAGCUGUUCGAGGUGAACCAGACUCUGUCCACGUCCGGUGCGUACGACUGGGAGUUCUUCUCCGUCGGACCGUACCACUUCCUGGUAGUCGCCAACACGUUUGACGGUCAGACGACCACGAUCAGCUCCACCGUCUACGUCUGGGUGGACGGAUGCUUCCAGGUGUUCCAGAGCAUCCCGACGGUCGGGGCGACAGACUGGGAGACGUUUCAGAUCGACGGCAGGUUCUUCCUGGCGGUCGCCAACAGCCAAAAGGUGUCAGACCGCGGCCCGAGUCUCUACAGCAUCAACUCCACUGUGUACGAACUCAACACGCUCACACAGACCUUCAUACGCUUCCAGGACGUCCUCACACACAGCGCUGUGGACUGGGAGUUCUUCACCAUCGGAGAGGAGAAGUUCUUGGUCGUGGCGAACUCUCAUGACGGCAGCUCAUACUCUCUGAACAGUGUCAUCUACAGGUGGCAGGGCUACGAGGGCUUCGUUCCUGUCCACAGUCUUCCCACGUUCGGCUGCAGAGACUGGGAACACUUCAGCACCAACGAGGGAUCCUUCCUUGUCUACUCCAGCGCCACCUCCAGGCUCAGCAAGGUCUUCAAGCUCCGGACCUACUGA